GGCUUAAAAAAUAAUAAUUAGGUACAUACUAUAUAGUAGAUAAAUAAUUUUAUUUUAAAUUAUUUUGUAGCAGUAGUAGUGGUAAUAUACUAAUAUAGAAGUAUUGCCAUGUGUUAAUUUGUGUUAAUUUGUGACAAAACUUUUUAAUUUGACUGCUAUAAAAAGGUAUGACUGUAUACCAUAAAAUAUUAAAAAUCUUACAUUUAGUUGCAGUGUGUACAGUACACCAAUAAAGAGCUUAUUUACUUCUAAGACUAGACACCUGUGGAUAUUGUUCACAUCAUGUUAGUUGUAGUCACAGCAAUAGUGUGCAGUUUAAUUGGCCAUAUACAUAGUAUAGACCAGUGUAAUGGUUUGUACAGUGAUUAUUCUCAUCAUUUAUCAUCAAAAACUCCAUAUAGAUAUGUAGCCAACUAUAACACUGAAUCGGUCAACUUUGAAGGUUGUAAGGCAUGGAAAAUUUGGCUAGUCCAAAGACAUGGUACAAGGACACCCGGUAAAGAAUUAGAUCAAUUYGUUAAAGACAGAUUACUCAAAAUUCAAAAAGACAUAGUAAACAAUUUGAUUGAAUGCAAUCUAUGCAAUAAAGAUAAAAUAAAAUCAUGGACACCUCAUGAAGAAAUAGAUGAUCAAAAAUUUUAUAAAGUUUGCCAAAAAUGGAGAAAAGAUGUUAAAAAAUCCUCUUCAGCAUUAGUUGAAUACCAACAAUUUGUUGAAUCUCAAUUGACUAAUGUCACUCUUAAAAGUUUAUCUUCAAGACUUGGACUUGAUUACACUUUAACAUUUAAGGAUGCCAAGAAUAUAUAUACAUAUUGUGCUUUUGAAACCGCUUGGGAGAAAAAUAAAGUUUCACCAUGGUGUUCAAUUUUUAAUAAAACUGAUUUAAUGCUUUUCGAAUAUAGUGAAGAUUUGAAGCAUUAUUUAAUAGAUGGUUAUGCUUAUGAGUUAUCAUACAAGCAAGCUUGUGUCUUAUUAAAAAAUGCWAUUGAAUAUUUUGAUGAUCAAGAUUUAAAUAGCAAAAAUGGUAUUUUCUAUUUUACCCACUCGGGUACAAUUUUGAAAAUGCUUGGAUUGUUAGGUCUUUAUAAAGAUGAACAUAAAUUAAAGCAUGACAACUAUAUUAAUAUGGAGAAUCGACAGUGGAGGACUUCAAAAAUUGAUCCUUUUGGUUCAAAUAUUGCAUUUGUUUUAUACAAGUGUCAUAAUAAUGAAACAAAGAUAUUAACAUUGCACCAAGAAAGAAUUGUCCAUUUUAAUGGUUGCAAAGAUGGUCUUUGUUCGUAUGAAAAAUUUAAACAACUGUUUACGAAUGAACUUCAAAACUGUAAUUUUGAUGAAAUGUGUAAUAUUGACUAAAUUAUUUAAGCUUAGAAAAAUUAUUUUWUUUAUGUAUCAAUUAUUUUUUCUUUUUUUGUUACACAUAGGGUUAUUUUUAUAUUAUUAACUAUAUCACAACAAAAUAAUAUUACCAAUUAUUUUGUUGGGGCACAAAGAUUUGUAGAGAAAUGUUUACAAAUUUAUUUUUGUAUUUUUUUCUGAAUUAUUUUUGUAUUCUAUUUGAAUUACAAUUGAAAUGUACUGAAAAUAUAUCAUAGUUAUUUUAAAGUACAAUGCAAAUUAUCUCUCAGCAGCGGUAUACCUUUAACAACAAACCUACAAUGCUAUGUCAUCAUUUUAUAUUUUAAAUGCUUAAAAACUGUAUGAUAAAAUAGACUCAAAGUGAUACAAAUUGGUGAAAAUUUUCGUCCUAAGCAUGUACUGAGUAUACCCAAGUCAAUGAUGGAUUUUUAAUGUAUUUUAUUAGAUUCAUAGGAAUCYAGCUUAGGUGCUACUCAGACACUCAAUGUAGUUAUACCUUUCUUUAUCUGGAACACUGUUUGGAAUGGUUCUGAAAUCUAGUGUAUGUUGUUGGGAGCAGUUAGGUAUAC